AUGGUGGACUGUCGGAAUGCAGUGACAACAUGGUGCAUUAUAUCUGAAAACACCUAUAAGAUUAAAAGGAGUGAGCCAGCAAGGUUCACAGUUUUUUGUCCAUAUCCUAGGUGUAGGUGGAAGUUGCAUGCAUCUCGUAUGAGAAAGAGCAAAUAUAUUCAGAUAAAGAAAAACCCACACAAGCACACCUGUCCACCUGGAGGGGGAGGGGGGAAGGCCAAAACCAAGCUAGCAAAAACUAGGUGGGUGGCAGAUGCUAUAUUGGAUUGGCUGAGAGAAGAACCUGGACUUGGUCCAACAGCACUCCAUGGGAAGCUUUUUGAGAAGUACAAGAUAGAAAUUCCUUACAUGAGAAAUUUCAAUGCUAGGGAAAAGGCUCUUGACAGAAUUAAUGGUCAAUGGAAUGACAGUUUUCAGCUUCUUUACACUUUCAAAGCUGAAGUGGAGAUGGCAAUUGCAUUUGGUGUGGUGGAGGCAGAGUCUGAGGAAAGUUGGGUCUGGUUUCUGCAGCAGUUGCGCAACAUUAUAGGCACACCCCCAGGUUUAGCUAUACACGCAGAUGCUUGCAAGGGUUUAGAGAGUGCAGUGGAAAUUGUAUUCCCUGGAGUGGAGCAUAGGGAAUGUAUGCGACACCUAGCGCAUAAUUUCAAAAAGAAGUUCAAAGGUAAAGUUUAUGAUGAGAACUUAUGGCCAGCAUCAUACACAUGCAGCAAAAGGAAGCAUGAACACCAUUUGAGAGUGUUGUAUGCUCAAAAUCCUCUUGUGAAGGAGUACAUGGAUGCACAUCAUGGUAAGGUGUGGUCAAGAAGCAAAUUCAACGAAAUCUGCAAAGUAGAUUAUGUGACCAGUAACCUUGCAGAAUGCUUCAAUUCAAAGUUCAAGUCAGUGAAAGGGCUCUUGUUGUGGCAAGCAUUUGACAAGAUGAGGCAAAUGAUCAUGAUAAAGAUGGCUCUUCGCAAAAGAAUUGCAGAAACACAAUAUGUUGGUCAUCAAAUGCUCCCAUCACUGAUUAAGGCAUUGCACUUGAAGGCAAGAGGACUGAAGAUGAAAUGUAUUCGAUCUGGUACAUAUGAGGGAGAGGUUACCUAUACUGACACUAAAAAUAGGGUAUGGAGGUAUCCUGUGAACCUAAGUACCAGAGAAUGUACUUGUAGGCAAUGGCAGAUCCGUGGGAAGCCAUGCAUACAUGCCCUACAUCUGAUGACCGUUAUCGAGGGUGCAGAUGGUGAAGUUGAUCAAUAUUGCUCUGAGUAUUUCUCUGUUGCCAAAUUUAUGGCUGCUUAUGCUGACAAUGUGCCUACACUAUUGGGGAAAGAUCAAUGGAACAUAGUUGAUCCAGGGUUCAAACUCCACGCUCCUGUCAUUACUAGACCACCAAGAAGACCAAGGAACUAG